AUGGAUUCCUCGUGGAGAGGGGCAGUGGAUGGAGCCCUCCCCUCCGAGGCUAGUGUUGGGGUCUCCACUCCCAGAGACCCAUUUAGUGGACCUCUGGGCAAAAUCGAGUCGUGGAACUUCAAAGUUUUGGCGACUUUAAUGUUUCUGGUGACAUUUUUAUCCCUCAGUGAAAACUUUACUGUCAUGCUGGUAACCUACAGGUUUAAGCAGUUGAGGCAGCCUCUGAAUUAUAUCAUUCUCAAUUUAUCCCUGGCUGACUUUCUCAUGUCUUUAAUUGGUGGAACUAUCAGCUUUGUCACCAAUCUCUACGGGUACUUCUUCCUGGGAGCCUGGGCAUGUGUAUUGGAAGCCUUUUCUGUAACUUACUUAGGAAUUGUGGCACUCUGGUCAUUAGCAGUGCUGGCCUUUGAACGGUAUUUUGUGAUCUGCCGACCACUGGGCAACAUCCGCUUACAAGGGAAGCAUGCUGCCCUGGGACUUCUUUUCAUUUGGAUUUUUUCCUUCAUCUGGACCAUCCCACCCGUCUUGGGCUGGAGCAGUUAUACUGUCAGUCCGAUCGGCACUACUUGUGAACCUAACUGGUAUUCUACAGAACACAAUGAUCACACAUAUAUCAUUGCAUUAUUUAUAACCUGCUUCAUCAUGCCUUUAAUUGUGAUAUUUGUUUCGUACGGAAAACUGAUGAAGAAGCUGAGGAAGGUGGCAAGUACUCAAGGGAGACUGGGAGUUGCAAGAAAGCCUGAAAAGCAGGUAACUAGGAUGGUGAUAGUCAUGAUACUGGCAUUUCUUUUCUGCUGGACUCCAUACGCAGCUUUUUCCAUCACGGUUACCGCUUGUCCCACCAUCAAGUUAGACCCUCGACUUGCAGCAAUCCCAGCCUUCUUCUCGAAAACUGCAACUGUUUAUAAUCCAAUCAUUUAUGUGUUUAUGAAUAAGCAGUUUAGGAAGUGUCUGCUUCAAAUGUUCAGUCUGACUGAUUCAUUGUUAGGAGAAUCCAACACCCACCAAACAGCAGAACAAGGAGUGCAGAUUGGCAAUGAUAGAGAGAUGCCAACCAUUGGAACACGGAGCGCUGCUUCUUCCAAUAGAGCAGAAGGUCAUGAAGUGCACGGCAAUUGUGAUUCCUUUGCUCAGCUGUCAAUUCCUGAGAACAAAGUGCACCCAAUGUAA